CCCGGCUCGGCCCACUAGUAUUAGGCAACUGCGCCGCGCUGAGCCCUACUCACCGCCUCCCCGCCGCCGCCGCCGCCGCCUUCUUCCUCGCACGUCGCCUCUCCGACGACUCCGAGGCCCCACAACGCGCCGCGCCGCCGCUCCCCCGACUCCGCGGCCUCCCCACUGCGGCAGCAGGGCUAACGCUUUACAGGAGAGCCAUGGGAGAGCCGAGCAAGGAGCUGCUGGACCUGCCCUCCGAACCCAGGCCGCCCGCCUCCUUCAUCGAAUCGCUCCUCGCUGGCAGGGACCAGCAGCAGCAGGACAAGGAGGGGAAGCGCAAGCCGGAGCCGCCCACUGCCCCCCUUCCCAAAAGCCAAGUUCUUGGGAAAGUGAAGGAUUUCUUGGGCGAGAUUGCAAAGGUGAACCAGAAGUUGCAGCUUGACACACAAAACAAGCCUCUUGAGGAUUAUGAUAUUGAAGCCCUUACUGGGAACGAGGAGUACAUUGAGAUGGAUUUACUUCUUGGUGUUGCUGAUCUUCAUUCGGAGCAAGCUGUGGAGGCUGCUGAAGCAACAGUGAAUGGCUUCCAGCCUUCAGGAAUGCCAUUUCCUUGCAGCACAUCUGACUCGGAAGAUGAUAGUGAUGAGAGUGAUGAAGAUGGUGGUGACAGACCUAUUGUGUCUGACAAAGGUAAAUGUAAAGGUCCAGAUGAAGCUGAGACAGAUCCAGCAGAACGAAAGAAGCCCAACAAGAGACAGAAGAUUGUUGUUCUCAACUAGUGUCCUUGAGUAAAACAAGAGUGGUGCUUUCAGAAAGCACAUUGUAUGAGAAUGUGUCCAAGGCCUGGUAUCACCAGAAGUUACUAUUUCAGCAUUGUAUUAUGUUCAGAUCAACUAUCAUAAGGGCUAACUGAUGCCAUUUAAGGCCCUGCUCCACUUAUACAAUGCGUACCAAUGGCGUUCCUUUUCUUUUUCCAUUUGUGAAAAGUGAAUAUAUACGCAUUAUGCGUACCAGUGUUGCCCCUCAACUGUGUACAUCUAUUGGUUCCUUCUAUUAAAAAAAAAGAAUCUGUUGAUUCCUUGCCGUUGUU